AGACCCAAGGGAGUCUCAAAGUUUGUCUGGAGACCUAGUUGGGGAGUGGGCUUGUUGCUCGAGGACUUUCUUGGAAUGAGAGCUGCCUUCUUGCCUUCUUUUUGGAUGCACAGCCCGAUUUAACCCCUGCACCUCCCGCCCGAUCCCAGCAGGCUUGUCCUCUCCGGGGAUUCACAGAUCUCCGAGGACACGGGUCGCGGAGCCUUCGGCAGGACUCUCCCGGGUUCCUGCUCCAGUGCCUAAGUUCCACUCGCGCACACGCAAGCACACGCGGAGAGAGGCGUCAUACCGGCCCGCGGCGGCUCUGCGCGGUCCCCUCCUGCCUCAGCAUCCUCGGCCCUGCGCGGCGCCCACCGCCAUGGAGGUGCUGGAGAGCGGGGAGCAGAGCGUCCUACAGUGGGACCGCAAGCUGAGUGAGCUGUCAGAGCCCGGGGAGACUGAGGCCCUCAUGUACCACACGCACUUCUCGGAGCUCCUGGAUGAGUUUUCCCAGAAUGUCUUGGGUCAGCUCCUGAAUGAUCCUUUCCUCUCAGAGAAGAGCGUGUCGAUGGAGGUGGAGCCGUCUCCAACAUCACCAGCGCCUCUCAUCCAGGCUGAACACAGCUACUCUCUGAGCGAGGAGCCCCGGGCUCAGUCACCAUUUACCCAUGUGGCUACCAGCGAUAACUUCAAUGAUGAGGAGGUGGAGAGUGAGAAAUGGUACCUGUCUACAGAGUUUCCUUCAGCCACCAUCAAGACAGAGCCAAUCACAGAGGAGCAGCCCCCAGGACUUGUCCCUUCUGUCACUCUGACCAUCACUGCCAUUUCUACACCUUUUGAAAAAGAAGAGUCCCCUCUGGAUAUGACUGCUGGGGGGGACUCCUCAUGCCAGACGCUCAUUCCUAAGAUCAAGCUAGAGCCGCAUGAAGUGGAUCAGUUCUUAAACUUCUCUCCGAAAGAAGCCUCCGUGGAUCAGCUGCACUUACCACCGACACCGCCCAGUAGUCACAGCAGUGACUCUGAGGGCAGCUUGAGCCCCAACCCACGCCUGCAUCCCUUCAGCCUGUCUCAGGCCCACAGCCCUGCCAGAGCCAUGCCCCGGGGCCCCUCUGCCUUGUCCACAUCUCCUCUCCUCACAGCUCCACAUAAGCUGCAGGGAUCGGGCCCACUGGUCCUGACAGAGGAAGAGAAGAGGACCUUGAUUGCCGAGGGCUAUCCCAUUCCUACCAAGCUGCCCCUGACAAAAUCUGAGGAGAAGGCCCUGAAGAAAAUCCGGAGAAAGAUCAAAAAUAAGAUUUCUGCCCAAGAAAGCAGGAGAAAGAAGAAAGAAUACAUGGACAGCCUGGAGAAAAAAGUAGAGUCUUGUUCAACUGAGAACUUGGAGCUUCGGAAGAAGGUGGAGGUGCUGGAGAACACCAAUAGGACCCUCCUUCAGCAACUUCAGAAGCUUCAGACUUUGGUGAUGGGGAAGGUCUCUCGAACCUGCAAGUUAGCUGGCACACAGACUGGCACCUGCCUCAUGGUCGUUGUGCUUUGCUUUGCUGUUGCAUUUGGCAGCUUCUUUCAAGGCUAUGGGCCUUAUCCUUCUGCAACCAAGAUGGCUCUGCCCAGCCAGCAUCCCCUGUCAGAGCCAUACACAGCCUCCGUGGUGAGAUCAAGGAACCUGCUGAUCUAUGAGGAACAUUCUCCCCUGGAAGAGUCGUCCAGCCCAGCCUCAGCUGCGGAGCUCGGGGGCUGGGACAGAGGCUCCUCUCUGCUCAGGGCGUCCUCUGGGCUUGAGGCCCUGCCAGAGGUGGAUCUUCCUCAUUUCAUUAUCUCCAAUGAGACCAGCUUGGAGAAGUCAGUCCUGUUGGAGCUUCAGCAGCACCUGUGAGUCCUGGUCACCAGCCAACUGGAAGGGAAUGAAACACUCAAGGUUGUAGAACUGGAGAGGAGAGUGAACGCCACCUUCUAAGGAGAUCUCCACCCUCUUCUUCUCCAUCUGAGCAUCCCCAGUCUGCCCUGCUCUUAAGUUCCCCCUUCACCACUGGAUUGCCAGGAGGAUAUGGACUAGUGUUACAGCUUGAGACGGGAGGCCAGCCCAGGGGUUUCUGCUUGUAUGUCCCCGUGGCUCUCCACACAAGGGAGCUAGCACCUCCCCAUCCCUUUCUCUUACUGCCAUUGGACAUUAUUUUAAGGGUGAGGUAGGGGUGGAACGAGCAGGCUUGUUUCCACCAAUAGUGCCAAGAAGAUACUGCCUGAUUCUUCCUCGUGAGGCGUGACUCCUCUGAAGAAGACAUGACUCCUGUUCAGUUGAGACCCCAGACUCUAGCCACACGUAUGCCACAAAACACGCCAGGGAGUGACAAAGCACUGACUCCUGAGCUCUCUUGCUCGUUAGGCCUCCGGUGUGACCCUGCCCGCACUGAGAGGACCAAAGCAUCAUUCCAGUCUUGUCUCCAUCCUGCACACUGGAGUCCUUAUUGGAUGCCUGCACAGGCAGACCGGACUCCCACCAUAUUUUCAGGCCGCAAGUGCAAUUCCUGAAGGCAUCAGGCUCUCCCCCUCCAGGCUAUCCUGCCUGCUAUGUUGCUUGUAGGAUACCCCACACCCACCCGUACACAGCCUGCAUCCCCACAGGACAGUAGCUCUGUUUCCCUGGCCUCCCCUCCCCAUUUGUAAAUAGUAUUUAUUAGCUUGCUGAAGCUCCCAGCUGACUAUAGUAAAAAGAUUUCUCCUUCCAUCCAGCAAAGCCUUCUGUUGGCCUUUGGAACAGGAGAGUCCCCAGGAUCUGGGGCCCCGGUCUUUGUAGUUAAUGUCUUGUUUCCUCCUUUUCUUUUUAAAAUUGGGGACCUAUAAAGUAAUCGCUGUUGAGGAAUUCCCUUAGGCAUGUGUCCCCUGUUGGAUGAAGAUAUGGGAAUGGUGGAAUACCGUCUUCUUGCUCAGGCCCGAGGCUCUGUGGCUUUCUCUCUCUGUUCUCACCACAGAGAAGGGAAGCUCUGUCCUGGACAACAAGCUUUGCUGACAACCUUGCUAGUUCGUCCUGCACACUUGCUCACCCCCCUCCCUCGCCUUCCUCCUCCCUCCUUCCCUCCAUCCACCUGCCUUAACUAACCGGGGCUGGAGUUGGUCAUUUCUCUACAUCCACAGUGGCACCUUUUACAGUCAGGUUCCGAUACCUUGCAGCUCACCCAAAGAGACAUAGCUAAACCCUAAACUCUUUUUCUUUUUAUAAUGAUUAAAAAGUACAAAUCGUAGUUUAAAAAAAUCCUUUCUUCUUUCAUACAAAAAAGAAAUGGAAAUUACUCUUUUAUUGUACAAGAUAGAAGAUUCUUUUAAAGUGUUCCCCCACCAACCCCAGCUUGUAAAAGAUUUUAUGUAAGAAA